CAGGGGCGGCAGAAGGCAAAAAUAAUGUGGCGGCUCCUUCCUCGAGCGACGGACGUGCGCAAGGCGCAUGGCCGCUGGGCCUCGGCCGCAUGGCGCGGCUACAGCGCUGGCACCGACAGCGGCGACGUCCAAGGCGCCGUCGGCGACACGCCAUGGCGCGUGCAAAAGAUGAGCUCGUCGGCGAUCCGGUCGCAGGAAGAGACCCGGCGGGUGCUCAUCUUGAUCCGCACGUUCAAGCAGUAUGGCCACUUUGUCGCGCACAUUGACCCGCUCGAAAACAGCGAGAAGAUGCCGGAGCUGCAAAAGUGGAACUGGGGCAGUCGCUGGGUCGAGAAGCCGUACUUUGACGACUUCAACCUAAACUCGCUCGCGCACGGCAAGAACCUCGAGCUCACGGCGCAUGGCUUCUCGGAGGCCGACCUGGACCGCGACUUCUUCAUUGGCGACGACCUCUCGAUUGGCCCGGUCGCCACGCUCCGCAACAUCGUGGACGAGCUCCGGGGCUUGUAUUGUGGGCACAUUGCCACCGAGUACCAGCACCUGCGCAACCGCGAUGCUGCGCUUUGGAUCCGACAGAGCCUCACCAAGUACAAGGAUUUUGAGUUUUCGCCGACGGAAAAGACGGCGAUUUUCCAGCACAUGCUCCGCGCCGAGCUCUUUGAGAAGUUUCUUGGUCGGCGCUUCUCGGGCGCCAAGCGCUUCUCUAUCGAAGGCGGCGAGAGCAUCAUCCCGGGGUUGAAGGAGCUCCUUGAGAGCGCCAGUGACGCCGGCGUCGACUCUGUGCACAUGGGGAUGGCCCACCGCGGACGCCUCAACGUGCUGGCCAAUGUCUUGCAGCGUCCCCUGCACGCGAUCAUGUCGCAGUUCCAGCCGUACUUGCCGGACGAGCCAGAGUAUCCCAACAACUCGGACGACGUUCGGUACCACUUGGGCACGGUCUCGCACCUCACGAUGCGCAACGGCAAGACCAUGGAGGUGAAAUUGGCCGCGAACCCGUCGCAUCUGGAAGCGGUCAACUCGGUCGUGCUGGGCGAGACGCGGGCGUGCCAGGAUCAGCUACAAGAUAUGACUGGAUCGCGCGUGAUGCCGUUGCUGCUGCACGGCGACGCCUCCAUGUUCCAGGGCUCGGUUCGCGAGGCCUUUGGCUUUAGUGCGCUCGAAGACUUCAAGACCGGUGGCACCGUCCACGUCAUUAUCAACAACCAGAUCGGGUUUACGACACUGCCCAAACAAGCCGACUCGGCGGUUUACUGCAGUGAUGUCGCCAAAAUCUCGCGCAGUCCCAUCUUUCAUGUCAAUGGCGACGACCCGGAAGCCGUCGUCAAGGUGAUGAAAAUGGCGGUCGAGUACCGGCAAAAGUUUAAGUGCGACGUCGUCGUCGAUCUCGUGUGCUACCGUCGCCAUGGCCACAACGAGCAGGACUCGCCCGAGAUCACGGCCCCCGUCAUGUACCAUCGCAUCAACCAGCACCCGACCGUGAUCAACCUCUACUACAAGCAACUUGUCAAGGACGGCCACUUGACGCACUCCGAGAAGGCGGUAUUGGCCAACGCGAUCGAGGUCGAGCUCGCGGCGGAGCUCGAGCACUCGAAAUCGUGUCCUUCGCCGUGGGACAACAUGGGCGACGGCCACUCGCGCCGUGUCGACGACCCCAACGACGCGCUCCGAGCCGGCAUAGUCGACACGGGCGUCGACCGCAAGCUCCUCGAAGAGAUUGGUGCUCAGAUUUUCCGUCUGCCCCCGGGCUUUACCGCCCACAAAAAGGUGGAAGCCAUUAUGAACAACCGUCUGCGGGCGGUAGAGACAGGUGCCCGCGUCGACUGGGCGACGGCAGAAGCUUUGGCGUUCGGCUCGCUUCUCGCCGAAGGAGUCGACGUGCGUCUUAGCGGCCAAGAUUGCGAACGCGGCACGUUCAACCAGCGCCACGCCGUCUUGUACGACCAGUUUGAAGCUCUCUCGAUGCGAAAUGUGACCUACACGCCACUCAACGGUGACCACGUUCACGCCGCCCGACGGCGUGACGCCCGCAUUCAAGUGUGCAACAGUCCGCUCAGCGAAGAAGGUGUGCUUGGCUUCGAGUAUGGCUACAGUCUCCAGAGUCCGGCGUCACUAACCAUCUGGGAAGCGCAGUUUGGGGACUUUGCCAAUGGCGCACAAACCAUCAUCGAUACGUUUCUCGUUUGCGGCGAGCAAAAGUGGCAUCGACGCUCGGGCCUGGUUCUGAACCUGCCCCAUGGCUACGAAGGGCAAGGCCCCGAGCACAGCAGUGCCCGCGUCGAGCGGUUUCUCCAGCAAGCCAACGAAGACCCGGACGUGUUCCAGCCCGACGCGAACGACGUGGGUGCCAACAUCCACGUGGCCAUGCCGACGACCCCCGCGCAGUAUUUUCACGCGCUUCGCCGCCAAGUCCGCGCUCCGUACCGCAAACCGCUCAUCAUGUUUACACCCAAAUCGCUGCUGCACCACCGGCCGUGCACGUCCGACUUGAACAACUUUGACCAAGGCGCGAGCUUCCAGCGCGUGCUCGGACCCCACGCCGACGACCUGCGCCGCAUGGACGAGGACACCAAGAUUCGGCGCCUCGUGCUCUGCAGCGGCAAGAUCUACUAUCCCCUUGUCCAAGCGAUGCGCGCGCGCAACAUCACCAACAUUGCCACGGCGCGCGUCGAGCAGCUCGUGCCGUUCCCGUUUGCGGACCUGGCGCACCACGUGCAGCAGUACCCAAACGCCCAAGUCGUUUGGGUCCAGGAAGAGCCCAAGAACAUGGGAGCGUGGACGUAUUGCCAGCCGCGCGUCACGACCGUCAUGCGGCACCUCGGCGAUAAGCGCAGCGUGUCGUACAUUGGUCGACCCCCAACGGCGUCGCCGGCCACGGGCCAGUACGAGAUUCAUUUGCAGGAAAUGCGUGGCAUCAUCGAGGAUGCGCUCGCGCCAUAGUCACUUAAGCGUACAGUGUAUGGU